UGUGUGCAUGUAUGUACGCGCGUUCGCGUCUCUUAUCUCUGUACCGACGACGAUGACCGCGAGUCGUGCAGCUUUCGUUUCGACAGCGUAGUCCGUGAACCGCUGUCCCGUAGCGACUUCGUCGUGACUGCCUCGGAGAACGUCUAGUACUGCCUUUGCUUGAUUGACGGACGUCGAGGGCGAAACAGAGCGAAGGUGCUGCAAUGCGCUGCCUUGCCACGACAACAUUCACAUCCUGGAAGGAAAAGAUGGAGGCUGAAACACGCAGCCAUUUUGUAAAGUCAUCUGGUGCAAAAGUGAGCAAUCCUUCUGGAGCGCAAGUCACACAUUAUCGCUGCCACAGGUCUGGAAACUUCGUCCCAACAGGCACAGGAAAAAGAAAAAUGAAGUCACAGGGCAGUGUGAGAUGUGGCCACAUAUGCCUGGCAACAAUGGCCGUGACGGAAACCACUGAAAAGAUUGAAGUGGUCUUUCAAAGAAAGCACCGAGGACAUGACUUCAACCUCUGCCAUGUAUUUCUGUCUGACACCGAGAGAGCUGCGAUUGCUGGCAAACUGCAAGCUGGCACAACAAUGGCAGCAAUCAUGGAUUCGGUCAGGGACAGUGUGGAUGGUUCCUGGAAUCGACUGCAUCUGCUGACAGGGCAGGAUUUGUACAACAUCCAAAGAGACUUUAACAUAAACUGCGAUGAACGUCUCCACAGCGAUGAUUACACCAGCGUCCUACUGUGGGUCGAAAAAAUGAAGCUCCUGGAUGACAACCCUGUACUUUUCUUCAAGCAACAGGGAACAACAGACAAUGCCACUGUUUUGCAGCGACAAGAUACCGAACUUCUUGACGAUGAUGAUUUCAUGCUGGCUAUGAUGACGAACCCUCAGAAGGAGCUCCUCGAGAAGCUUGGCAGUGACCGCCUUUGUGUAGACGGGACACAUGGUACCACAGGCAAGUGUUAG